AUGAGGGAAGCACUACGAGGUUGGCAGUUCACCCAGCAACAGCCCCAUCGCCACAGGAAGCGAAACAAGCACCUUACGACGCAAAAACGAGGGAACCGCGAACGAACACAUCACUCACACACCGUCAACAAGGCACAUGCUUACCGCGAGGUGCUCCACAAAAAUGUGGCCACAGCGCUCGACCCCGUGCUGAACCAAACUUAUCCCGCCGACGGCGCCCACUCCCACCUUCGUACGGCUUGUGGCGCACGCUGCAAGUUUCGUUCCGGAUUGUCUAUUCACAUCCAAAGACAACACCCCGAAAAACAAAGUAACGAUAAUCGCCAAAACGGCGCAGAGAGCAGCACGCCAAUGUUUUCUCGUCGGGGUACGGCGGCUACAGUGCACCCCAACCAAUGUUACAGGGCCAAUGCCGAACGCAUAUGCAGGCGGGUUCCCAACAAGGACAGCUCCAAGCACCAAAGCACACUGUGGUUUGGACACAGCGCGGGUGACUAG